CUGGUGAUUUUGGUAUAAAAUAAAAAUAUGUAGUGGCAACACUGGUCAACACUUUUGAAAGUACUUCGACUUUUUAGUUUAUUUGGUCGUAUGGAAGAGCGCUUGGAAAUUACCCUAAAGCAGCCUAAUCCUCUCUUUGAAAAGUGGCUGGAGAAAUGGUUGGAAGAUGCGGAGCGGCGAAAUGCCAAAUCACAGUACAAACUUCGCGAUGCACUUCAAGCACUUCGCAGCUAUCCCCUUCCACUGGCUUCAGGACGGGAAUGUGCUAUUCUUCGUGGCUUCGGUUCUACACUCUGCAACCUUAUAGAUGAAGAGCUUCGUUUGUACCGCGAGAAGCAGGAAAAUCCACCAUUACAACCAACAAUGCAAACAUUCGAAUCGGACGUAAAACAACUUUUAGAAUCUGUUAAGAAAAGUAAAUGCCGUAAAUCUCCCAAAAAACCUCAAAGCAAAAUUACCAAAAAGGAACAGAAAGCAAUUGCUGAAGAAGAAGAACGUCAGCGUCAAGUGAUAAUGAGUCCAGGUAGCUUUCGCAUUAUACUUCUGGUUGACACACAGGAAACCAGCGGCAAAAAUAAACGCACUUUGGAUCAAACACGUAGCUAUUUGGAGAGUUUUGAAGUGUCGUAUGAGGUGCGUCGUUUGACCAUUGGUGAUUUCCUUUGGGUCGCCCGUGACAAGGAGGGCAGCGAAUUGGUGCUGCCCUUUAUAGUAGAGCGUAAGCGGUUUGAUGAUCUGGCUUCAAGUAUACGCGAUGGUCGCUUCCAUGAGCAGAAACACCGUUUGCGACAAUGUGGAAUACAAAACGUUAUCUACUUAGUUGAAGAUUAUGGCGAUAAUGAACACUUAGGCCUACCUAUGGAAAAUUUACAACAGGCUAUCAUGAACACUCAGAUACAUUCGGGCUUCAUGAUAGCACAUACUCAAAAUAAUUUUCGUUCAAUGAAAUAUUUGCAGGGUAUAACGAAAACAUUGAUACGCUCUUUUAAGGAUAAAGUUUUACUUAGUACAGCCAAAGAAGAUUUGCAACCAUACGACUCGUCAGCUGGCAUGUUAGGUCUGCUGAAAUUUCGUGCCUUGUAUGAGGAUUCAGCACGCGGUGCACAAUUGACUGUGCGAGAAAUAUUUGUACAGCAAUUACUACAGUUACACUCGUUGUCACUGGAAAAAGCAUUGGCCAUCGUUGAAGAGUAUCCCACUCCACGUCUGUUGUUUGACGCAUAUGAGAAAUGUACAAGUGAAAAAGAAGCUCGUUCUUUGCUAACCAAGAUUAAAUGCGGACCAUUGGAACGGCCGUUAGGAGAUAAACUCAGCCAAACAAUUUAUGACUUUUACAAGACUGAGUUUUAAUAGAAAUUAAUACAUUUUCAUUAGUAUAAAUUUUCGAUAGGUUAAACCUUAUCCAUAAUCAUUUUUUUAGUUACUAUCAUGUAGGAAAUAUACAUUCUAAAUAUAAACCAUAUCGGUCCAUGGGUUUUUUAAAUAUCUCGAGACCCGCGCCAUAUAGCGAAUAAAUUCAUUCUUGACGUAUUGUCGGUUUCUGAGCUAAGCUUAAAGUUUCAAGCAUCUAGCUCAUCGGGAAGUUGGUUAAAAAAUGUUUGCAAGAUUUGAAUAUUUGAUUAAAAGCUUGUAGAAAGCUAAGGCCUAUGUCCAGUUCUAUGUCCCAUUCUGUUCCGUUUGACCUUGCUUGUUACAGUUUGCAUAUUUUCUUAAAUAUUUAAAAUUUUAUCCUUAAAACGUUCAA